AUGGAAGUCAAGAAGGAGCAGAGGCCGAAUAUACAGUGCAUUUGUCAAAUCAUAACAGUUCAUGGAAGUUCAGAGGAAGGGAGCAGAGGCCGAAUAUACAGUGCAUUUGUCAAAUCACAACAGUUCAUGGAAGUUCCAGUUCAGAUGGGAGCAGAGGCCGAAUAUACAGUGCAGUUGUCAAAUCAUAACAGUUCAUGGAAGUUCAGUCCAGAAGGGGCAGAGGCCGAAUAUACAGUGCAUUUGCCAAAUCAUAACAGUUCAUGGGUUCAGGUCAGAAGGGAGCAGAGGCCGAAUAUACAGUGCAUUUGUCCAAUCAUAACAGUUCAUGGAAAGUUCAGUCAGAAGGGAGCAGCCGAAUAUACAGUGCAUUUGUCAAAUCAUAACAGUUCAUGGAAGUUCAGUCAGAAGGGAGCAGAGAUUUGUCAAGCCGAAUAUACAGUGCAUUUGUCAAAUUCAUCAACAGUUCCAUGGAAGUUCAGUCAGAAGGGAGCAGAGGGGCCGAAUAUACAGUGCAUUUGUCAAAUCAUAACAAGUUCAGUCAGAAGGGAGCAGAGGCCGAAUAUAGCAGUGCAUUUUGUCCAAAUCAUAACAGUUCAUGAAGUUCAGUCAGAAGGGAGCAGAGGCCGAAUAUACAGUGCAGUUGUCAAAUCAUAA